CUGAGCGCUGGCAAUGAAGAAACAGCUUUUUUCCCCCCUCCACUCCCUGCGUACGCGUGUUUACUGAGAGAUAAUGUGAACAAACAAACGCGACGACAGAUUACAGGGCUUGCUGGAAAGAGGUGUGAACAAGGAGGGGAUUCUGGCUUCUUCAUUAGAGGGAGUUUCUUGUUGGAGCAGACCCUGAACUGAAGACGCCUGGAGAUCAAGACUCCCAAAAAGUGCCAAAUGCCCAGACUGGAAGAGCACUGCUGGACCUGCUCUGACUCAAAGCAUUCUGCAUCUGCAUCCAAAGCCGAGGAGAUGAUGUCCAUCAUCACCACGGUGCUCAGCAGCGCAUACGGAUCCCUGCACGACGUCCGCACCGCCAACCUGCUCCGCCGGGGCCUCGUCCUCUUCACCGUGGGGGUGUUCCUCGCCCUGGUGCUCAACCUGCUGCAGAUACAGAGAAAUGUCACCCUGUUCCCCGAGGAGGUGAUGGCAACUUUGUUUUCGUCCGCCUGGUGGAUCCCACCGUGCUGCGGUACAGGAGCAGCUGUUAUCGGCCUGCUGUAUCCCUGCCUUGACAGCCAUCUGGGAGAGCCUCACAAGUUCAAGAGGGAGUGGGCCAGCGUCAUGAGAUGCAUCGCGGUGUUUGUUGGAAUCAACCAUGCGAGUGUUAAACUAGACUUUGACAACAACGUGCAGCUCUCCCUGACGCUGGCAGCCCUCUCCUUGGGCCUUUGGUGGACAUUCGACCGCUCCAGGAGCGGCUUUGGCCUCGGCAUCACCACAGCCUUCCUCGCCACCGUCAUCACCCAGCUACUGGUCUACAAUGGCGUAUACCAAUACACAUCUCCAGAUUUCCUGUAUGUGCGCUCCUGGCUCCCGUGCAUAUUCUUCUCUGGCGGCGUUACCGUGGGUAACAUUGGACGUCAACUUGCCAUGGGUGGUGUCGAGAAACCCCACAUGGACUGAGCGCUGGACGGUGCAAAAGCAGGAAGAUGGACAGCGAAAUGAAGGGCAGAAUGAGUAGAAAUGGAUUAGUAAUGAGAGGAAAAAGACUCCUUGUUUUUGACUCCAUCCUUUGCUCUCCUAACAGAGUGCAGGUCAAAAAUGCUCCUCAUCUAAUGUGCCAUGUCCUCCUCGCGGCCAAACAACCUCUCCCUCCCGUCUCUGAUGUUCUCCAUUAGCAUUAAGACUUCCUUCAAACUUCGGACGGGAGGACGGCGUUUGCCUUCUUUGUGGUCUUAUUUGAAGUGAACAGUGGCAGCGUGCUGGACGUGUGCUUGAGCAUCGUGACCUUAGCAGAAAAGGCGCGUAGGGGGUUUACCGCAAUGUUCAAGUGUGUCUGUAUUCGCCUGAGUACAACAUCUGAUCAUAAAAGGGAAAUGUUUGAGUGGACACGAACGUGUCUUCACUCUAAAACAGAAAUGUAUCCAGUGGCCUCAGCAGAGAGAUGUCCUCAAUCAAACCAAAUUAAGUAUUUAUUUUGACCCCCAAACCAAACGUGUGGAAUCGUUGGUGGAUGAUAAUUUCUUUUGGGAAAUUAUUUGCUUUCUUGCUGAUAAAUGUUUAACUUCCAGGAACUAAAAAGAUUCCUGAUAUAAAGCUAAAUCCUUUGCUGAUGUUCCCAGUUUCAUCCUGCAAACUGUUCGAAUGUGAAGCAACCCAAAGAAUUACGCUGCAACAGUCGGCGCUGAGGAGAUUUGGUUUGUGCUGCUGUCAAUCAUAACUCGUCGCUUUUCAAGUGGGGUCUUGUAUUGAUGGGGGAGAAAAAGAUGAGUAGUGGUAGCUGAGUGGAUUCGAGGCACCUGAAGGGUUGAACAGAUUUUGGAAACUAUUGCUGAGCUGGAUCUGAGAAUAGUAUUCAGCAACUAUAUGAGAAAGUUGAACAUUUCUGAUUGUGAAAUACGACUCCCUUGGAGCCUGAUUUAGACCUAUUUUAUCAGCUUCCUUCCAAGUCUGGUGUGUGUAGUUCCCUCACUGCGCUAAAGUUCAAAAUCAGACCUUAAUAUGGAAAACUACCUGGUUACUGGAUAGCUUAUUUCAUUUCUGUAUUUGUUUUUUAUCAUAUUGUGGUGGACUGCUACAGUAAAAUAAGACAGUUUGUCUCAUAGAAACUGGUUAUCUUUGUAGUCAAACCUACUACUCUCAAAUAACAGCAAAAAGAGAGAUGCUUUAGUUGGGUCUUUAUCAAAUGUCCCGUUGUGGGAACGCGACUGAAGAUGUCAAAUAAGAGGAACUCAGUUUUGUUGCAGAUGAUUAAGGAAAAUGAAAAAAAUCCGGCUCAUUUCAAGCUCAAAAAGCACAAAAAACGGAAAGCAAAUGAUUUCCCAAAAUGUUGACUGUUUAUAUGUAAUAAGCCGUAUUUACCAGUGACCGCCACUCGCACAAUCACACCCAUCCACCAGUGCAAGUUCACAAAACUCAGACCUCCUUAGUAUUUUUCUUUUCUUCAGGUCCAGAUGAGCAGAGAGGAUUGUUUCACAGAAGGAAAAAAGGAAAACCUUGAGACAAAUACAAUGCAUCAGCAGCAUAGAUCAUAGCGUGAGCUAAAAAUAUGUCGUAGUGAAUGGAAAACUUGCCACCAAGAUGGAUUGUUUUUUUUGAAAGAAUGUACCAGAAGUAUAUUGAGUGCAUUUUCACCUCCUUGAUCUAAAUGUCCUGUAGAACAGCCCUUUGAUUCACACUGAAACAUUGAAAUAUUUUGACGUUUGAUCACAGGCGUUUUACUGCGUGGAUCUUUAAACUUCAUAGUUUGGGAAUUUACUCAGAUUAAAGGGGAAGGCACGACGUUAUUAUUUAAGAUUUGCAAUCUGUGAUUGCCGGUGUAUUAUAGAAUGUAGUGCUUUUGUCACUAUAACAGUUUAGUUUUAUCAUUUGUAUAAACCUGAAGACAUUACUCCUCAUAUGUAGAAUGGCUUGCCAGUGUAAUCAGACAGGUAUUACCAUAUUAGACCUACAGUGUGUUAGUGUUUUGGGGGUCUAGAGGAUUAAGUGCAAUCACACUAUACAUGAGCCUGUAAUUCUUCUUUAUUUAUUAUUUCUGACAAAGGCUAAAUAAAAUAAUUUGUAUUGUAUAUAUGCAGUGUGGAUCAUUUUAAAGAAAGCAAUAACAAAUUUGUUUAUGUGAAGAUGACUUUUGUCAGAUUACAUGCCUUCAGAGUCAAAGCCAGUGACUCUCACCGGAGAGACGAGAUGGAACAAUUUAAGUCGUGUCAAACUGUUGUUUAAAUCUCAUUUUACAAAAAUUAUCUAAAGAUACCUGAUUCAUUUUUUAUUUUUUUUGUCAACUAAUCUUUGUUGCGGACCACUUCGGGUCGAGUCCGCUUUCAUUCAGGUGUACUAAAUGGGAGAGGAAGCUUUAUUUUUUUGUUUUGAUGUUUUGGAGUUUCACUGUGUGUGUCUCAUAUUUCAACUGUGUACUGUUUUUUGUUUUUUUGCUAUGUUGGAUUUAAGUGAAAAGUUUAAAAAAAUAAAUAAAAAAACCUGAUCUUACAA